UUAACCAUGGAACCUCACAAUGCCAUUUUGCAACAGUGUAACUAAGGCAGUUAUUAAUUUGGAGACUAUAACCAGUAGAGGUACAACAGACGCGUUCUUUCCAAUAGCUGAGUCCCUGUCACCAGAGCCUGCCUGCCAAUGCUCAUUUCUAGUGGUUGAAACUUGUCUUGGAUCUGCUCUAUGUGAGCCCUUGUCUGUUUUAGGGGAAAGCUCUUACCAAGAGCAAAGAUCAGGCUUAUCUUGGAUCUGCUCCCUGUAAAAGUCUGAGUUUGACAGUAUAAUGAUCAAUAAAACCCCAGAGCAGAAUUCAAAGUUGCUGAGAAAGGAGAAGUGAUUUGCACCACUGCAGGCAGGUUAUCAAGGAGGUGAAUACAUGAAGUAAGACUCAGUUAAAUAGAUAAUCUUUUAACUCAACCUUUGCACAGUCCAAAUUCAGCUGUACCUACAGGCAAAGCCACAGGAGAGACUGCUGAGAAUUCCCUAGGGGACAGCACCCUGCAGACACGGAAAUGACCUUUGCUCCCCAGCCUCGAGAAUGCAAAGUAACCAAACAAGAAGGGGAGAGUUAUGGAUUCUACCUGCGCAUUGAAAAAAACAAAUUGGGUCAUCUCAUCCGGAAUGUGGAGGACAGCGGUCCAGCUGACAGGGCUGGGAUGAAGGAUGGAGACAGACUUCUGAGGGUCAAUGGGUUGUUUGUGGACAAAGAAGAACAUGCACAAGUAGUGGAGAUGAUCAAAAAGAGUGGGAAUUCUGUAACCGUCCUCAUUCUGGAUGAGACAGCCUAUGAAAAGGCAGCGAAAGAAGGGGUGAACUUUGAAGAGCUGGGUCAGAAGACAACUCAGCAGCAAAAGAAAGAGCCUCCAGUCAUGAAUGGAGUAACAGUUCCAGUUCCACAGCCUCGGCUCUGCUACCUGGUGAAGGAGGGAAACAGUUAUAACUUCUCCUUGAAAACCACAGUUGGUCAGAAGGGCAUCUUCAUAAUAGGUAUGUCUCCACAAGGAGUGGCUGCGAAAGCAGGAGUCCAACAUAAUGACCGCCUGAUCGAAGUGAACGGGAAGAAUGUGGAAAAUGACACACAUGAGGAAGUGGUUGAAAAGGUGAAGAAGUCUGGAAGCCACAUUGUGUUUCUGCUGUCAGAUAAUGAAACUGAUGAGUAUUACAGCAACCACCAGAUGAUGAUGAAGAGAGAGACAGCCAGCCUGAAACUGCUUCCCCACAAACCUCGAAUAGUGGAGCUCAAAAAAGGAGAUGAUGGUUAUGGGUUUUAUCUGAGGAUGGAACAAAAUGGUAACGGUCAUUUAAUUAAGGACAUUGAUUCUGGCAGCCCAGCAGCCAAGGCAGGUCUAAAGGACAAUGAUAUCCUGGUGGCUGUAAAUGGGGAGUCAGUGGAGGCACUGGAUCACGACACUGCAGUGGAGAGGAUUAAGAGGUGUGGGGAAAAGACCACAUUGCUGGUAGUGGAUAAGCAGACAGACACCAUGUAUAAAUUGGCUCAAGUUUCCCCAUGUUUGUACCUCCGGGAAAUACAAAAAUCCUCUCCAGUUGAAACAGAGGAAGAGCCGAUAUCACAUGUUGAUCAUGAGGUCAACCACAAGCCCAAAAUCUUCAGGCUGGUGAAGGGUUCUAGUGGAUUCGGCUUCCGUUUAAAUAGAAACGAGAAUAUGCCCACACAGUUCAAAGAGAUACAGAAAGGUGGGCCAGCUGACACAGCAGGACUGAAAGAAGAGGACAUUCUGGUAGAAGUGAACGGCGUGAACAUGUUGAAUGAACCCUAUGACAAGGUUGUAGCAAAAAUCAAAGACAGCAGUGACAGCCUGACUCUACUGGUGUGCAGCAAAGCAACUUAUGAAUACUUUAAGUCUCAGAAUAUUCCAAUUACUGCCCCUCUGGCAGAUCAGCUCUGUGACACUACUGAUCCUCCUGCUUAUACAGAGGACCCACCAACAGAGCCAGAGAACACCUCCUCAGAACCAAGAGACAGGGCUAGCUCCUCCUCCUCCUCCUCCUCCUCUUCCUCCUCCCUCUCAGUAGCUUCAGCAGAAGAGGAUGAAAACACCCAGUUAUGAGACAGACUACAACAGAAGCUAAUCAAAGAGACAUCUUCCAAAGCUUAAAAAAAGAAGUUCGCUUCCUCUGAGCGGUCUUUGUUCUUUCACUUCUCAGAACCACACUAUGUUAUGGAACUUCACACUUGUGAGGGCUGGAACAGCAAGUUCCUUCUACUUAAUUUUUCCUGAAAAGGAACACCCCACCACCACUCCCACUUACCUAAUGGGAGUUUAUUGGCCUUCUGCCUGGAGAAGCGGACAGUUCUUUACUACUUAUAUUGCUCUGUAAAAGCUUAAAUGACUAAUAAGGAAUUUCUGCCACCUUAUGGGGGGAGGAAAUGUGAUUCACAAAUCAAUAAGUAUUGUGGCCUUUUAAAAACAAGGAAGAUCCUAAAUAUAAAAACUGAUUUAUCAUAUUCCCCACAAAAGACUUUUUUCCUCUAAUCAAACCCCAUCAGCUAAAUCAUUGUGAACAACACUCCUUCCACUUGUUAAAAAGCUGUAGAUAUUGUCUCUUCCAAACAACCAGUUAACUGUUCGCUAGCCAGAAGGUACAAGCAUCAUUCCCUCCACGCCUCUCUUGUAGCUCAGAUUGUACAGUAUCUGUAAUUUAUAUGUAGUCUGUUUGACUACACGCCAACAUCUUGUCUCUAAUCAAUGAAAUAUGAACCAGCUCUGUAGUACCAACAGUAUAUGCUGUACCUCCUUGCUGUAAACUUGAGACAAAGCAUAAAUAAAUCAGAGUGGCUAUUUCUC